AUGGCGCAGCAAAGAAAUCAGCCGGAUUCAAAGAAAUUCUCUUGUUCCAUCUGUCUGGAUCUACUGAAGGAUCCGGUCACUACUUCCUGUGGACACAGCUACUGCAUGGACUGUAUUAAAACACACUGGGAUGGAGAGGAUCGUAAGAGAAUCUACAGCUGCCCUCAGUGCAGGAAGACUUUCACACCGAGGCCUGACCUGCAGAAAAACGUCCUGUUAGCAGAGUUAGUGGAGGAGCUGAAGAAGACUGGACUCCAAGCUGCUGCUGCUGAUCACUGCUAUGCUGGACCUGAAGAUGUGGCCUGUGAUGUCUGCACUGGGAGGAAGAUGAAGGCUGUCAAGUCCUGUCUUGGCUGCCUGAUUUCUUACUGUGAAAAUCACCUCCAACCUCACUAUGAUGUGGCUCAACUACAGAAACACCAGCUGGUGGAACCCUCCAAGAACCUCCAGGAGAACAUCUGCUCUCGUCAUGAUAAGAUGAAGGAGAUUUUCUGUCGCACUGAUCAGCAGUUGAUCUGUCAUCUCUGCACAAUGGAUGAACAUAAAGGCCAUAAAACAGUCCCAGCAGCAGCAGAAAGGAAGAAGAAGCAGAAGAAGCUGAAGGUGAGUCGACUAAACAUCCAGCAGAGAAUCCAGGACAGACAGAAAGAUGUGAAGCUGCUUCAACAGGAGCUGGAGGACAUCAAUGUCUCUGCUCAUAAAACAGUGGAGGACAGUGAGAAGAUGUUCACCCAGAUGAUACAUCUCAUCCAGAAAAGACUCUCUGAGGUGAAGCAGCAGAUCAGAUCCCAGCAGGAGACUGAAGUGAGUCGAGUCAAAGAGCUUCAGGAGAAGCUGGAGCAGGAGAUCAGAGAUCUGGAGAGGAAAGACGCUGAGCUGAAGCAGCUCUCAGAUACACCAGAUCACAGCCAGUUUCUCCACAACUACCCCUCAGUGUCAGCACUCAGUGAGUCCACACACUCAUCCAGCAUCAACAUCCGUCCUCGGAGACACUUUGAGGACGUGACAGCAGCUGUGAAGGAGCUCAGAGAUCAACUACAGGACAUUCUGAGGGACACACGGACAAACAUCUCACUGGCAAUCACUGAAGUGGAUGUUUCACUGUCAGGACCAGAACCAGAACCAGAACCAAAGAGCAGAGAUGAGUUCUUAGAAUAUUCAAGAGAAAUCACUCUGGAUCCAAACACAGCAUUCAGAUAUCUGGAAUUGUCUGAGGAGAACAAAAAAGUGACAGUAAUGAGAGAAGAACAACAUUACCCCGGUCAUCCAGACAGAUUCAUUGACUAUUUUCAGGUCCUGAGUAAAGAGAGUCUGACUGGACGUUGUUACUGGGAGGUGAGAUGGAGAGGAAGAGUUUAUGUAGCAGUCGCAUACAAGAAUAUCUGCAGAAAAGGAAACUCGAAUGAAUGUAUAUUUGGACGAAAUGACAAAUCUUGGGCUUUACGUUGUCACACCAACAGUUACACAUUUUUAUACAACAACACUGAAACCCCCGUCUCUGGUCCUCGGUCCUCCAGAAUCGGAGUCUAUCUGGAUCACAGAGCAGGUAUUCUGUCUUUCUACAGCGUCUCUGAAACCAUGACUCUCCUCCACAGAGUCCAGACCACAUUCACUGAACCCAUACAUGCUGGAGUUUAUCUUUUUGGCUAUGGAGUCACUGCAGGGUUCCCUAAACUCAGAUAGAGUAAAUCCAGAGUCUGAGGGUCGGUUCAGUUUACUUCUGUAGUUGCAGCAUUAAUUAGUCACAUGACAACGGAACUGACUGAUUCUUAAAUGUUUCAGUCAUUUUUAAAUCUGCUUUCAGCUUCUGAAAUGUGAAUAUCUGUCUUUUAUCUGGCACCAGGAUGCCGGUGUUUCCAUUUUAAUAUUCUUUGGCCUUCAUGUGGCACCAGGAUGACAGCUGUCCAGUUCUGUCCACUGGAGAUGAUCCUCUGUGUACUGAGAUGUGAGAAGCCGGCAUUAGCUGACUUCUGUCAGGACAGCUGACCAAUCAGAGCAGGCUGCAAUUUUCAGAAGGUGGACUUUGAAAGACUGGAGCGAAAACUAUAUAUUUCAUACAGAGAGUGAAAAGAGAAAUAAGAACGCUACUUGGUUUUCGAACAGUAACGAUGUGAUGUUGAUUUUCAUGAUGGUGAAACUUCUCAAUGAGGCUGACCUGUUGGUUCAGUGUAGAAGCUGCAACAUGGUGAGUCUCAGUUUAAAGCAUCAGGACACAAUAAGUGAUGUUUGAUGGAGGUCUAUGUUGAUCCUGACAAAUUUUCCAACUUGUCACUGAACCACUCAGUGACUUUUUACAGGUGAAAUAUUUAAACAUCAACAACAAACAGAAAAUGUGCAUCUGAAUCAGCUUGACACAUGAAAUCACAAAAUUCACAUUUUUUUUUGCAUUUUAUUGUAAAUAUUUUCAUGUUUUCACAUUUUACCUUCUCAGAAACUAUUUUGAAACUUAAGAGUUGCAUGAAAAUGUAACAGUAAAUGACUUUUAAUGUCUUCCUGAAUCUUAUCUUUGCUUUCCUUUGAUUUGAAUUCAUGUUUCUUCAAUCUCAUGUUAGUGAUGCAUUUAUGGAACCAGCUGAGGUGAAGGAAAAAUCAGCUUUUAUUCAAAUGUGUACUUCAUUCCUGUAUAGAAUGUGUAGGAUUUGUAUUUUCUUGUGGAUUUUCUGGUUGAAAAUAAUGAUAUUUCAUUGCAGUCAGUAGUCAUUUAAUAAUCUGAUUUGGUGAUUUCUUAAAAUUUUGUUGGUGUGUUUUGUUUUGCUUCUAAAUUGUUGACAAACUUGUGAUUCAGCUUCAUGUUAAUCUGCAAAUAAACAACAAUGAAUAAACAGA